AUGCGCUUCGCUAUCGCCUCGUCUCUCUCCCUCCUUGCCCUGACGGCCUCUGCCGCUCCCAGCCCUCGCGAUGUCGGCACCGUCCAAGUCCAGUUUGCCAACGAUCAGACUGGAGCAAACGGCAAUGCCCGAAUCCCUCUUGACGGCCGUCCCGUAGAACUCGGACAGGCUUACGGACACACCAACCUGGAGAAGGAUGGCACCCUCUUCGUCACCAGCCUCCAGUUCACCGCCGACUUCCAGAACGUGGAGUGCAUCGUCCUGAGGGACUUCACUACCAAGGUUGCCGACAUUUCCGACCCGCACCAGGACUUCCAGACCUUCUCCCAGAAGCCCGUGGACUGGCAGAACCGCUUCACUAUCAGCUGCAAGAAGCAUUCUUAA